AUGGCGGCCGAACAGAGAAAGCUGCUGGAGCAGCUUAUGGGAGCCGACCAGCUCAUAGGCAUCCCCGGCGCACCCUCACGCAAUGCCCAGCUCUCCAUCACAGACCCCAAAGUCUGCCGCUCGUAUCUCGUCGGUACCUGUCCGCACGAUCUCUUCACAAACACAAAGCAGGAUCUCGGCCCCUGCCCGAAGGUGCACAGUGAAGGACUGAAGACGGAAUACGAGACCGCGUCUGCGGCGGAAAAGGCGAAAUGGGGGUUCGACUACGACUACAUGCGCGAUAUGCAGAAGUACAUUGAUGACUGUGACCGGCGGAUUGAGUCUGCUCAGCGCCGGUUGGAAAAGACGCCGGAUGAGAUUCGGCAGACGAAUAAUCUGCUCAAACAAAUAUCCGAUCUCACAAAAACCAUCAACACCGGCCUCCUCGAAGUCUCCGUCCUCGGCGAAACCGGCUCGGUCGCGCAAGCCCUGAACGAACUGCACAAGAUCCGCACCGCAAAGCACCAGAAGGAAACAUGCGAACGCGAUCUCAAGAACCUCCAAGACACAUCUGGCCCAUCUGGUCACCAGAAGCUGCAAGUUUGCGACGUCUGCGGCGCGUACCUGAGUCGUCUCGAUAACGACCGCCGCUUGGCCGACCAUUUCUUCGGAAAGAUGCACAUGGGAUACUCGGAUAUGCGCAAGGGAUGGAAGAAGCUGAACGAAGAGCUCAAGGGCCGACCUCCACCUGUUAGGCACCAUGACGAGGACGACGGGGGCUGGGGUGGCCGGUCUGGUGGUGGGAGAGGGCCCAGAUAUGGUGGUGGCGGCGGAUAUAAGAAGAGGGGCGGACGGUGGUGA